AAGGUAAAUUGCUUGUUGGCUGACCAAGAAACUUUACUGAUGUCCAAUACCACAGAUGACCUCAGUCAAGCUCAUAAUAGUAAUGUUGGAAAAUAUAUAGUUAUCCUCUUAUCCUUCUUCUUCUUCUCAUGGUGAAGUUGCAUUGAAAACACAUUUUACUCUCUCUUUUUUUUCUGUUCAUUGACUUGAAAAAGCCUUUGCUUUUAGUUUUUGCUUAUAUAUUCUCUUGUUAUCUUCCAGAGCUUGGGCAACAAUUUUCUUGAUUUGUCAUUGGUAGGUAAGAGAAGAUGGAGAGGUCUCUUAGGCUUUUGUUGCUGCUAAUCGGAACUUUGGCCAUCAUUCAUAUUGCUCAAGCUCAGAGCCAACAAGGGUUUAUCAGUUUGGACUGUGGUCUACCCCCAAAUGAACCGUCUCCUUAUAAAGAGCCAAGGACCGGACUACAGUUCAUAUCGGACGCAACAUUCAUCCAGACUGGAAAACUUGGUAGAAUCCAAGCAAAUCGAGAGGCUGAGUUCCUGAAGCCGUCAACUACGCUGAGAUACUUUCCAGAAGGAACACGGAACUGCUACAAUCUAAACGUCGAGAAGGGAAGAAAUCAUCUGAUCAGGGCUAGGUUUGUAUAUGGAAACUAUGAUGGUCUUGACAUUGCCCCCACGUUUGAUCUGUAUCUUGGACCUAAUCCAUGGGCCACGGUAGAUUUGCAAAAGCAAGUGAAUGGUUCACGUCCUGAGAUCUUGCACAUUCCUACAUCAAACAAGUUGCAGAUUUGUCUCGUUAAGACCGGGGAAACUACACCGUUGAUAUCGGUCUUGGAAGUACGGCCUAUGGGAAAAGAUUCUUAUCUCACCAAGUCUGGUUCUCUGAAAUUUUACUAUCGAGAAUAUUUUAGCAAGUCCGCUCCUUCUUUAAGGUACCCGGAUGAUGUCUAUGACCGUCAAUGGACUUCGUUCUUCGAGAAAGAGUGGACACAAAUUUCCACUACUAGCGAUGUAGGCAACUCCAAUGACUACCAGCCACCGAAAGUGGCGCUCACUACUGCAGCCAUUCCAACUAACGCCACUGCACCAUUGACGAAUGUAUGGGGUUCAGUAGAUGUCGGUGAACAGUAUUAUUUGUACGCCCACUUUGCUGAGAUCCAAGAGUUGCUGGCAAAUGAAACCAGGGAAUUCAACAUGGUACUGAAUGGGAAACUUUUUUAUGGCCCUGUGGUUCCUCCAAAGCUAUUAAUAACUACUGUCCUAAGUGUAAACCCGGAUACUUGCGAAGAAGGGUUAUGCAAUUUACAGCUGAUAAGAACCAACAGAUCAACUCUUCCACCUCUACUUAACGCUUAUGAGGUCUACAAAGUUAUUCAGUUUCCUCAGUCUGAAACAGAUGAAAAUGAUGUUGCUGCUGUGAAAAACAUCCAAACCACGUAUGGAUUGAGUAGAAUCAAUUGGCAGAGCGAUCCAUGCGUCCCUCUACAGUUUAUGUGGGACGGUUUAAACUGCAGCAUCACUGAUAUCUCCACGCCACCAAGAAUCACUACUUUAAACUUGUCUUCAAGUGGUUUAACCGGAACCAUAGCAGCUGCCUUUCAAAAUCUUACCACACUGGAAAAGCUGGACUUGUCGAAUAAUAACUUGACCGGUGAGGUGCCAGAAUUUCUAGGCAACAUGAAAUCGUUGUUGGUCAUAAAUUUAAGCGGGAACGAUCUUAACGGUACAAUUCCUCAAUCUCUACAAAGGAAAGGACUCGAGCUAUCUUAUCAAGGAAACCCAAGGCUUAUUCUCCCUGGAUCACCUACAAAACCACAAAAAACAAAAGUUCUUGUGCCAAUUGUUGCAUCAGUUGCUUCUGCGGCCAUCCUCAUUGCUGUGUUGGUUCUUUUUCUUAUUUUCAGAAAGAAAAAGACGUCGGCUGUUCAAGUUGUUCACCCGCCUUCGAGUAGGCCAGCAAUGGAUUAUACAUAUGCUACUCCGACGAAAAAGAGAAAGUUUACUUAUCCAGAGGUUAUGAAUAUGACAAAUAAUUUCGAAAGAGUUGUAGGCGAAGGAGGAUUUGGCGUUGUCUGUCACGGUACUGUAAAUGGUUUGGAACAGGUAGCUGUUAAACUACUGUCUCAAUCAUCAACGCAAGGCUAUAAAGAGUUCAAGGCAGAGGUUGAUCUUCUUCUGAGAGUCCACCAUACAAAUUUGGUAAGCCUUGUAGGAUAUUGCGAUGAAGGAGAACACUUAGCACUCAUCUACGAAUACGUACCCAAUGGGGACUUAAGACAACAUCUGUCAGGAAAAGGAGGUAAAACCAUCGUCAUCAAUUGGGGUACUCGGCUAAGAAUAGCUGCGGAGGCAGCACAAGGUUUGGAGUACUUACACAUUGGAUGCACACCACCAAUGGUUCACAGAGAUGUCAAAACUACAAACAUAUUGUUGGACGAGCAUUAUAAGGCCAAACUCGCUGAUUUUGGGCUCUCGAGGUCUUUCCCAGUUGGAGGUGACUCUCAUGUUUCGACGGUGGUUGCUGGUACUCCUGGUUACCUUGAUCCAGAAUAUUACCACACAAGCCGGUUAGGUGAGAAAAGUGAUGUGUACAGUUUUGGGAUUGUGCUAUUGGAAAUGAUCUCUAAUCAACCAGUGAUUGAUCGAAACCGCGCAAAGUCUCACAUAACACAAUGGGUUGAGUCUCAGCUUAACGGUGGAGAUAUUGCUAAGAUCAUGGAUCCAAAGCUGAACGGAGACUAUGAUUCUCUCUCUGCCUGGAGAGCUCUCGAACUGGCAAUGUCGUGCGCAAAUCCUACUUCAGCAAAGCGACCAACCAUGUCUCAUGUUGUUAUUGAACUAAAAGAGUGUCUUGUGUCUGAAAACUCGAGGAGAAAUAUGAGUCGAGGCAUGGAUUCACUGAGUUCCCCUGAAGUGAGCAUGAUCUUUGAUAGUGAGAUGACUCCUAGAGCAAGAUAGUUUGUGAUGCAAGUAACACAAUUGUUAUGAACCCAGACCUUUCGUGUGCUCUGUUUGUAUUUUUACUUUUUUAUAUAGUUUUUGUUACUGUGGUUUGAAAACACUUUAUUUUAAGUCAAAAUUAAUGUAUCGUCUGAAGUGUGUUCUUGUCAAAGGGAAAUGAAAAUGUUACAGUAUAAAUUAAAUUUAAA